AUCACAAUGUGCUUUGAAUUCAAUAUAUAACAAACUUGACAUAUUCCACAUCCUGGGUCCAAUAACAAAUUUGGCUCCCUUUUACAUGUUAUUUUUAUUGUGAAUAUAUACAUAAUUUUCAAAUACACCGGCACCGGGAUAUUUUCACAAUGCCGGCCACCAAGGGUCUGCUUUUUAGGCGCUACAUCGGCAUCGAGUUGAAUAUGUGGCGGCACACGCUCUUCGAGGCAGUCGCACUGAUAAUCAUGGUCCUGGUGAUCCUGCUUAAUCCCAUCGCCCACUCCAAGCGCCUGCUGUACAAGCGUACCGGAACCGAGAAGGGGAAGAGCAUCGAGUCGCACACGCUGACCGACCUCUCCAUAUUACAGAGUGUGACGGACUCAAGGCGGGAAAAGACCCGGUUGAACCUGGGCUAUACACCCAAUACGCCCUUUGUUUCUCAACUGGCCGGAAAGGUGAUGAUGACACUGGAGCUUAAUGACACGAUUCCCUUCGAGAGCGAGGACGAGUUAGAGAAUCAGUUAGAUGAACGGACCACUUUAGCGGGUCUGGUUUUCAGAGGAGAUGAUCUCAAUGAUGUGCCCAAUAAACUCAAUAUGUUGAUCCGUUUCCCCAGUGAGUUCCGUACGGUAAAAUCUUACCAAACUGAGGACCGUCUUUGGAUAACUCGCUGCUCGGGACUCAUCAAUAGCGACCGGGAGCAAGUGGACAAAAAUAUUAAGCAGGAUAUAUACAUACGCGAGGGAUUCCUGCAGCUUCAGCAUCAGGUCUUCUUAGAGUGGUACCAUCGAUUGCUUGAAAAAUUCAACAGCGAAUAUUCGGAACCCAAUGUCUUGAUGUACAACAUCCUUCUUAAGGCUGCCGAUGAGCCCUGCGUCGCAAUGAGUCUUGCCCGGCUGCCCACGUUCUUGUAUUAUUUUAUAUACCUGCUCCCCUUCCUGAACAUUAUCCGAAACGUGGCGUCCCAGGUUCAGGAUGGUGUCAUGGUCCAUCAGUGGUAUUAUGGUUAUUCUUUCGGAACGCAAUGGGCUAUAAAAUUUUGUGUGUUAUUUUUUAGAUUGAUUAUACUUGGUGCCAUUUUCAUUUUGAUUAUUGUGUGCUUCUGGGUGUUUGGAGAUGAUAACAAACAAUUAUCCGGCUUCGCUAUUCUGGCCUUCGUCUGCUUCGUGGUGUUGUUCACUGUGGAGCUUAUAAUAACUGCUUUGGUGGUGGCCAAGCUAUUCGGUAAUCCCACCAACGCGGUUCUAUUUGCUCUGGGCGUGUGGCUCUUUACAUAUGCCGCCUUCGCCAUUGUUUUGGAGCGCUACUGGGACACCCACAAAUACUAUGUCUUCUUUAUCCUAGUUAGCUUCUUCAAUUGCCAGAUGCUUUUUGCCAUGGACCUUUUUAGGUAUUCUCACGAAAACCCCGAUUUUAUAAGAACCAACGACUUCGUCGUGCUCUUCGUCUCGGUCAUAGGAUCGGGCUUGAUUUACUACUUCCUCCUGUUGGCAUUGCAGUGGCGAAUUCCGGGUAGGUAUCUUAGCCGGCGAGUAGUAAACAAUCGGGCGCGAAAGGCAAAGGAUUCGGAUAAGGUCAUGAUGCACAUGAGCAAGGUGCCAAGCAUCAGUAACUUUGAGUUCGGAGACGCUGGCAUCAUAGAGUUAAUGCGACUGCGCCACAUAAGUACCACACACCGAGACUCGGAGCGAAAGAUUCUUAAGAAUAUAUCUCUCCGCAUAUACCAGGGUGAGGUGUACGUGAUUCUCGGCCAUAUCGGAUCAGGGAAGCUAACCCUCCUUAGGGUCAUGGCUGGCUUGAAAUACCCAAUACGCGGCACUGUAUUGCUAACGGACAAGCCCUUUCUAAACACCGGUGGGCAACGUCACCUGGUUGACUUCCGAUUCGCAGAGCAUGGACUAAAUGAGAAGCUAACAGUGGAGCAGACCAUCGACUUUCAUGUGCGCCUCAAGCUGACGGCCAAUGACUCGGAUCGAUAUCAGAUCGAGAAACGCAAGUGGCUGGCAAUACUCGAUCCUCUCAUCGAGAGUCGGAAUACAAAAAUUGGGAAGCUUAAUUCGGGCGCUAUGCAAAUGGUGGCAUUGUGCUGCUGCCUGGCCGGGGACACAAAGAUCAUCAUUAUGGAAGAGCCCACGGAAAGACUGUCGGACCGGGAGGCGCAGGUCUUUUGGUCGAUUGUCAACUCGGAAAAGGAAAAUCGGGCGUUCAUUUUCGCCACCCAUAAUUUUGGAGACGCGGAGCAUGUGGCCGAUAGGAUCGGAAUCCUUAGCAUGGGCGUACUGGAGGCUAGUGGCACGCCGUUUUUCCUGCGAGCCAAGUUCAAUAGCUCCGUGGAACUGGUUAUCAUAAAGAAACCCCACGUCCCUGAUGUACCAAUCACUGAAUUUAUUAACAAGUUUCAACCAUUUGUGGAGCCCGAAAACGAGAUUGGAGAUACACUUACCUACCGAUUGCCUUCUGAGUUCCGUCCACGUCUGCAGAAGCUACUCAUUCACCUGGAGAGCGAUCGCAAGAAGCUGGGCAUCGAGAACUUCAAGGUUGUGGGUGCGGAGCUAUCCGAUAUUUAUAUGCAGUUGGUCACCUCAUAUCGACUGCAGCAGCAGAUAAUUCCGGAUGUCACUCAAACCUUUAAGUACCAGGUGGUGUCCAAGAAACAGCUAAAAAGACAGCGAAUUCGGGCCAUGUUCUACAAGAGAAUGAUCAAUUCGGCGCCGAAUGUUUGGCCCGUCAUCAUGAUCAUCGCCACAUUUGUACUGAUCGCAAUGAUUGCACGCAUCACGGUGCUGAUCGGUACUGGGAAGAGUCGCGCCAACUCGAUCCGCAUCGGGUUCCAGGAUCCAUCUGUUAUUUCGUCCAUACCGGAUGUCAAAGGUUGCGGUUACAUUGACAUCAAAUCGACAACGACAUAUAGCACCGCAUCGGAAGAAGAGAAUCGGGUUGCGGUGGCAAGGAUUUUUACAACGAACUCGUUUACUUGCGAGAAGGGAUCGUAUCGCGAUGAUUUAAUACGGAUGCACGAGCUUAAGAGCAAGGGAGCCGUGGAGUUGUUGGAAGAUGGCAGCCAAAUUAAUGGCUUCAUCACCACGGAUAUCUUCCACUCGGCCCCCAUGGUGCUCAAUCUGGUCCACAACAUUAUCCUCAAACUUACGUAUCCAGGACGAACCGACCUAGCGACUAUGGUGACCAACCAUCCCAUGCCCACGCGAAUAUCCAAGAAGAUCAACCUGUUGGACAACAAGAUUGCUCACAUUCACGUCCCCUUAGCGAUCGGAUGCAUCAUCCCAAUGACCGUAUCCGUGUUCGUCAUCUCAAUGAUGGAGGAGAAAAUCUAUAACUUCCGGUUUAUGGAACAUCUUGCCGGUAUGAGUCUAUCGGUCUACUGGACCAUCAACCUUUUCUGGGACUGGUUUAACUUCCUAAUAUACUCGAUCAUCAUUGUGCUUAUCAUGGCUGUAUUCGGGAUUGGAGGAUUCGGGAUGUUUGAGAACUUGAUCAUCGUUAUGCUGCUGGCCUUUUUUGGACUGGCAGCAAUUCCGAUCACCUAUCUGGUGACCAUGUUUGUUAACUCUAGCAUAUUACGGGCCUAUCUCGUCUCAAUGAUCCUGCAGGGCAUGUCCGGUUUUGUACUGUACAUUAUCUACUGGGAUGUGGCCAAUAGCAACUCGUUGUUCUACCACAGCGCUUGCAUGUCACCGGGCUUCUCGCUGCUGGACGGGAUCAGCAACAUAUAUACGCAGUCCGUAGAGCACAGGCUCUGUAGGGCCAAGUGCUUGAAUUACCGUGGUUGUACACCAAAGAACAUGCAUGAGAUAGUGCCGAACUGCAAAUUUGACACCUACUUUAAAUGGUCUUCCCCGGGAAUUUUGCCCGCUAUUGUCUGUAUGUCCGUAUGCGCCAUUAUAGCCCUGGUGCUUAUUUUCUGGAUCGAGCUCCAACGUCGGGAGAGGAAAUUCCACUCUUCCAGAGACCUGCAUAAAAUGCGUACCGCCACAUAUCCCUUCGACGACGGCGAUGUGGCUGAUGUGAAGCAAAAGAUUGCCGAGGCGGAUAAUACCAAGGCAAAGCAGUCUGUGUUUUUAGUGGACCAGGUGGAAGCUAAGAUCCCACAAACGGGUAACAGAAUUCACACCAUAUCCUUUGCCCUGAACAAAUACAUGAGCAUGGGCAUCUAUGGACCUCGCCAUGCCGGAAAAAGCCACCUGAUCCAGCAGCUGGUGGGUGAGAAGGGAUUUGCCUACGGCGAGAUCUAUGUGCGGGGCUUGGACUUCAAGUAUGACCUGGAGAGCAUCCACACCUAUAUGGGCUACAAUCCGCAGUACCGAGGCCUGCUGCCCAAUUUGACACCAAGGGAGCACAUCCGGCUGCUGUGCAUGAUCCGCGGCGUCCCGCAAAGGAAAAUCAGCGAGAAGAUACACGAUCUGUGCCUGAUGCUCAACAUGACCGGUUGGAUGCACCGUCGGUGCGGACUCCUUACGGCAGAGAAGCUGGCCAAGCUUAAGGUUGCCCUAGCCUUGGUCGCAUACAAUAAGAUUUUGGUCCUGGACGAGCCGACGGCCGGAAUGCCGGCGACGACAAGGCGUGAGAUCUGGAAUAUAUUGAGAUAUAUGCGAUACUGCGGCAAGACUAUGAUCUUUGCUACCAAUGAUGAGCUGGAGUGCAAAAUUUUGGCUGAUUUCAUUAUCCUUUUCAUACAUGGCGAGAUGCUGGCCAUUGGCAGUCUGCAGUAUCUGCGAUACAAGUACAGUCACGGCUUUUACUUUGAGGUUCGCCUUAUACGCGACGGUGCCACCAUCGCCGAAACGGAGGAGAACCUGCGUAAGGACGUAGAUAACUUGGCAAAGUUUGUCAAUUUCAUGCACAACAGAUCAGAGUUGGUAGCUCGCAGGCGCAAUUGGCUAAAGUAUUAUGUGCCCGUGGAUCAGAUCGUUUACUCGUACCUUUACGGAUCCAUUGAGAAGAACAGGGUCCGGCUGAAUAUCCAGGACUACUGCAUCUAUCAGGCGCACAUGAGAAAUGUGGUAGCCCAUGUGCACGAUACGCGGACGGAGCUGAAGAACCAGAUGGUUGUUCAAACGAAUGACUUUUAAAAUUUUAUGUAUAAAUGUGUUAUGUUUGUGUAUAGUUACUAAA